AUGGUGUCACAGCACGGCAUCCUAUACGCCGUCCAUCUCGUCACCAACCAGUUCGGCAAUCUCGUCGCGAAAGUCUGUGAAUGUCUCCUGCGCGACGGAGCAUUGCCCAUCCACGCCAUAGUUCGACGAACUGAGCUCUCUCCGGCUAAAGUGAAGAACAGCUUGCUCGUCUUAAUCCAGCACAACUGCGCGCAGGCUUUCAUCCUCGAAGAGAGCGUGUCUGGAGAGGAUGCUGGAGAACCAGGGAAAGCCCACACACAGUACAUAGCAUUGUUUGUCAACAUACUUCAUCGUGUGAGGUUUUCCAAGUUCUUGGAUGUGGUGUCGAAGGAACUCGGUGGCUCGUGUGGGGAACUCUUCAGAGGUUUGCUAGAACACGGAAGGCUCACAGUAAAGCAAAUAGUGGAUAGAGCUGAUGCAAAUGCCAAGGAGAGUACCAAGACAGUGCAGGAAGACCUUCAUAAACUUGUGAUGGCCCAUUACGUUGAAUGUUGUCCUGCUCCUGAACCUUUAGUUCCCCCACCCGAUCCCGAUGCCAAGAAGCGUGCCAAAUCUUCGAAGGUCUUGGUGGAGUCAUUAACCCUAGAGCAGCGUGUUAUGGCUGUAGCAAUGCCUUCAUCGAUGAGAAGAUUUUCAUUUGUACCUAACACAGAUCAAAUAGCGGAUGACCAGCAAAAUGUGAAUCAGCCCCCGACUAAAGAUGUUGGUCAAAAGCGCAAGCUUCAUGAUUUGGAGUCUGAUCCGGCACUUGAAGAAGAGGCCGAAUGUAAUUGGCGUGCAAAUUUUGAGGAAUUGCUUCGUCGUCUUCGACACAAGGCCUGUGUCGAUACCAUAAAAGUACGCUUCGAUGAUGUAGCAGCAACUGUUCUUAGUGCAAUGCUGGCGGCAUCUAGAGCUGAAGAGAAUAAAGUCAAAACUGCAAACUCAGUGCCGUUAUCGCUGGAUACUAUAUAUGAAGAAGUUGUGAAAAACGAAAAGAAUCACAGUAUGACUUUCGAUCAUGUCAGAACUUGCCUCGAAGAGUUGAGCUCUCCUCCAGCCUUUGUAAAAACGGACGAUGAAUCGUAUAGUAUAGAUUUCGCACAAAUCGUUGAAGCAGCUCAGAGUGAAGAGAUUGAGUCCAUUAUUUUGAAAAGAUAUGGAGAGGCAGCAUAUAAAAUUUUCCGCUUACUCUUUAGAGUUGGCCGCCUCAUGGAAACAGAUAAGAUUGCUGAUACGAUAUUUGCCGAGAAGAAGGAGACGUCGAAAACGCUUUACAAAUUGUGGCAGGAUGGAUACUUACUCAUGGAGAAACUGGUUAUGGGUGGUACGGCUACUGGUCCUAGCUAUGGUGGUUCUUCCUUCAUAUUGUGGAAAGUAAAUAAACGGCUUCUUUGGGGGACAGUCGUGGAUGAGAUGUUUCAUGCUGCCUUCAAUCUGAACCAACGUUUAACUCAUGAGAUUGACCAAAACAAGGAGGUUAUCUUGAAUCUGCCUCCGGAUAAACGAGAGGGGCCUGACAAACAGAAGUUUGAUAGACUGAGAAAUGUCAGAUUGCUUAUCCAUUCGUCGCUGAUGAAGUUGGACGACGUGAUUAUGCUCUUCCAUGAUUUCUAG